UUGCCUUGACGUACGCAGUAGCUUGAGCUGAACUGCUAGUGUUGUUCCUCUUUAAUUAGACACACACUUCCCCAAUUUUGUCUUUGCAACCACCUACUAAGAAACCAUUGCAUUUUAAUGCUAGAGGAAGCCUCCAACAGAUACUCUAUAAUGGCAAAACGAACUCCAGCUCCAGUACCGACUUUAAUGUACUUCCUCCUGCUGCUGAACUUCGUCGUAAAUCUGCUUGCAGCCAGUUGGAUACCCAGAACUCUCCCUUGUAACGUGCAGAACAAUGGAUCCUCCAUUCAAUUGGACUGCAGGAAUCGCCGCCUUAAAACUGUCCCUGGAAACAUACCUUCAAAUACUACCAGUCUAAAUCUAGCAGGCAAUCAGAUAAUGAAUAUUUCCAGGUACUCCUUUUCAAAGCUCCAAUAUCUAACCAAGCUAGAUCUGAGCUAUAAUAACUAUCAUCCCAACAGGUCAGAGAGGAGAGGCAUGAUAAUUUCAGAGGACAGUUUCUCGUCACUGGUAAAACUGAAAGAAUUAUACCUGGAUGGAAAUUACCUCCACCACAUCCCAAAGGAUUUGCCAUCCAGCUUAAAAAUCUUAAGUCUCAAUGAAAAUAAGAUUUUAAAUAUAACGAGUAAAAGCCUACCAAAUCUCCUACCAAACAUAGAAACACUUCAUUUAGCAAGGAACUGUUACCAUCGCAACCCCUGCAGUAUCAACAUCCAUGUGGAAGAUAAGGUGUUUUCACGUUACACAAAGCUGAAGAGCCUCACUCUUGACUUGAAUAAUUUGACCGCUGUUCCUGGUUGCUUGCCAGGAAGUUUAAGAUCACUCCAUCUCUCUUUCAACAAGAUACAAACCAUAAAUAUCAAGGAUUUCAGUCAACUGGCUGAACUGGAGCUCCUUGAUUUAAGUGGAAACUGCCCCAGAUGUUACAAUGCUCCUUACCCUUGUCAACCAUGCCCUGGAGGUGCUUCCAUUCAGAUACAUCCUUAUGCUUUUCGAAGUCUUGCAAAAUUGAAGACAUUAUUUCUUUCCAGCAAUUCUCUAAAAGAACUACAAAGCAGCUGGUUUCAGAACUGUACCAACUUAAAGGGCCUUUACCUUCGCCUUAAUUUCCUUGCUUCUGAAAUUGCUAAUGGUGACUUUUUAAACCACUUGCCUGAACUGGAAGAACUUGAUAUAUCAUACAAUUAUGAAAUAAAGGCUUAUCGAAAAAAUAUAAAUCUUUCACAGAAUUUUUCCAAAUUAGUGUCCUUGAGAAAAUUACAUAUUGAAGGCUACGUUUUCAAAGAACUUAAUCAUCAGCAUCUGCAACCACUGUACAGCCUGCAUAACCUCACCAUCCUAAACUUUGGUACAAACUUCAUUAAACAGGCAAACUUAACAAUUUUUAAUGAAUUUAAAGCACUAAGAUUGAUAUCUCUACCAGAAAAUAGGAUAUCACCUCCGUCAGGUGAUGAAGAUCAUUUUUACAGUACGGUUUACAGAGGUAAGCAUUUUCCUUACAUGGACUCAGAUUUUAAAGAUUCAUAUUUACUCUUUGAAAAUAAUCAUCAGGUUUAUGAAUCACAUUAUGUUGAUGAUGAUUAUUAUUAUAUUGAAAGACCAACAAUACAAUGGCGUUGUCAAUUUUGCGGAAAAACAUUGGAUCUGAGUGCAAACAAUAUUUUCUUCAUCAAUCCAAAGCAAUUUGAAGGCUUUAAUGAAGUAAAGUGCCUAAAUUUGUCAGAAAAUGCGAUUGGACAAGCCUUGAAUGGGACUGAGUUUAUGACUUUGCCGAAUUUAAAAUAUUUAGAUCUUUCCUUUAACAGACUUGAUCCAGCAUAUGAUAAUGCUUUUAAGGAGCUGAAGCAUCUUGAAGUAUUGGACUUAAGUUACAACAAACACUACUUUGCCGUUGAAGGUGUCACACACAAAAUGGGCUUUAUCAAAAAUCUUAAAUAUUUGAAAGUCUUAAACUUAAGCAGCAAUGCCAUCUUCACCUUGACAGAAUCAGGGUUGAGCAGUGACUCACUGGAGGUUCUAGAAUUCAAAAAGAAUCAUCUGGAUAUCUUGUGGAAGAAGGAAGACCAGCGUUAUAUAGCAUUAUUUAAAAAUCUAAUUAAUUUAACACAUCUGGAUUUAUCUUACAAUAACAUUGAGUCUAUGCCAUGUCAUAUUUUUGAAAACUUACCAUGUAACUUGACAUAUCUGUCUUUGAGUCAUAACAAGCUAGAAGAGGUCAAUUGGAAAGAAUUGAAAUUUUUGAAGAGUUUGAUGACCUUUGAUCUCAGUAACAAUAAAUUAACCACUGCACCCAAUGAACUCUACAGCAGCACCAAAUCCCUCCAAAAACUUUUACUUGGAAGAAAUAGAAUCAGUAAUCUUCCUUUAAGUUUUCUUACAACAGCAAAUAGGUUAAAAUAUCUUGACUUAAGUUAUAACAGAAUUACAACUUUCAAUCAAUUAAUUUUCCAUACAAAUGAAAAGCUUUUCCUGGAAGUACUGAUUUUGACAGGGAAUCCAUUUCAUUGUACUUGUGAACUUGUACCACUUAUUGCCUGGAUUAAUACAUGUGACCUGGAUAUUCCUCAACUGGCUACUGAUGUUACCUGCAAUUCACCUGAAGAUCAUCGGGGGCAGAGUAUUAUUCUGCUUGAUCAACAUGCAUGUACAAUGGAUGAAGUUGAAGCUUCAUUAUGUUUGGCUUCUGCCAUUAUAAUUGUUUCCACUGUGGUGAUAAUGAUUACUCACCAUCUGUUUUAUUGGGAUGUAUGGUACUUUUACUAUUUCUGCACCUCCCGGUUAAGAGAGCAUAGCUAUCAUUCUCUUGCAAUGCAUAACUGUUUUUAUGAUGCUUUUAUUGCUUACGACACUUCUGAUCUGGCUGUGACAGACUGGGUUGUCAAUGAACUAUUAGUUCAGUUAGAAGACAAAGGAGAAAGGAACUUCUGUUUAUGUUUGGAAGAGAGAGACUGGAGCCUAGGCUUAGCUGUUGUCGACAACCUUUCUCACAGCAUCCAGGGGAGCAAAAAGACUGUGUUUGUGCUCACCAGAAACUACGUCAAGAGGGGAACAUUCAAAACAGCCUUUCAAAUGGCUCACCAAAGACUAUUGGAUGAAAGUGAAGAUGUGAUUGUUCUGAUCAUGUUAGAGCCCGUUUUAAUAAACUCAAAGUACCUGAGACUGCGGAGAAGGUUGUGUAACAGCUCUGUGCUGCAAUGGCCAAAAAACCCUAAAAGUGAGAAUUUUUUCUGGCAGUGCUUAAGAAACGUAAUAGAAACUGACAAUCAGUUGAGAUACAAUACAAUUGCCGAGUUCACUUAACUUCAAUUGAAUAAUUGUAUUUUUAUCCUCAGGCUGAAAAUUUGAAUGUGUCUGUUUAAUUAAUUAUCUUCAAAUAAAUCUAGACCAUCUUAAGCCCAAGUAUGUCUCCCUUCCUUGGCUUACCAUAAUUCUAUAUUUCUCAGAAGGGAUUCAUUUAAUUAGGCACUGUUAGCUUAAUUAGUCUGUGUUCUUUGUUCAUUUUUUUCUUGGUUAUAAACAGUAAAACUAUCCCCUUUGACUAUACUCUUCAGAUCCUUCCAUCUUCACCUGACAUUCUCUCUUCUGCCCUCAAAAUUAGGUCACCCUACUGUCAAUCUCCAGCUGAUCUUUCACUGUUGUUUAUCGCACUCCCAUCCACCUUCCAACAGCAUGAAACCUACUUUUUCAUUUCAGCCUACCAUCUAUACUCCCUCAGUUUCUUCCACUGUUAAACUCGAUGCAAAAUCCACCUUUCUUUUGUUUCCCUCUCAAUCCAUCUAUCCUUCAAAAUGACAGCCACAACUUCCCUCCUCAAAUUGCAUUCUCAAGCUUUUCAUUUCUACAAAUGCAUCCCUUACCUUAUAAAGUUCUGGGGUGCACAGUUGUGAAUGCAUGGUUGCUUUGCAAUUGCUUUGCAAUUGCACUCACAUCCAUUUGAGGCCUACCAGUCUUCUUCCUCACACAGACGACAAAAACUGCAGUGAUCAGUGACACUAAUAAGUUUUUGUGUAACCACGCUUCAGUUCCUCCUUGGCCUCCCUACUGUUUAUGCACCAGCUACUCCAUGAACAAAGAUUCCCUUUGGUAUUUCUCCGCCUUUUCUUAAAGGUGCGGUUGAGCGGAGUCGAUUUCUGCCCAAAUGUCUGUGAAGUCUGUUGCUCCCCAUUUGCAAUCAAUCCAAGAUUGACAUCUCUUGUUGACUACUUAACCAGCACAACAGCCCAGACAGGACAUGAUUCUCUCUAACUUAACAAAGGCAAUCAUAUUUAUUGCUGACGAAGAUGUGGGAUUUUUAGUGCUGCUCUCAUGAGCUUCACAGCUAUUAGGCCAGAUUAAUGUUUGAAAUAUUGCAAGUCUGUUGGCUACUGCACACAAUGUUCUCUACAAUAUUCAAUCAAUCAUUCUGACCGUUUUCUUCAAUCACUUGGAAUAUGCUCACUCUUCUCCCCCAGCCACAAAAGUUAAAAUUCUACCUUUAAUAACCAUGCAAAUAUACGUAUGCCUUUGUGUUCUUUUCUUCCUUCACCCUCUGUACAUUGCAUGGUUCUUAUAGCAACAGAAUUACCCUACUGCUUUCAAUAGCUAGCAGCUGAGGAAAUCAGAUUACAAUCAAGACGACUGCACUGUUUCAGUUAUGUACAUACCUUUAACUUUUACACAUGUCAUGAGUUCAUUCACUCACAAAGGUGUGUAGGUAUGUUUGGAAUCAACUGGCCAUUUCCCUUUCCACUCUUUGUAUACUUCACACAAUUUCAAGGUUAUAUAGUGUAUACACACUUUGAUAAUAAAUGUACUUCAAAUUUUCUAUUUGUAUGGUGCUUUACGAGAAGCUAACAAACAUGUUAUUGGAGGCCAGAAUGCAUGAAGGAUAAUGGGAAAUUAACCUUCCAAACUCAUUCUGAUUUGACCUACUAAUUGCUAAGGGUGAUGGGAAGCCAUAUUACUCCCAUCUUGAUUACUUAACAUAUCUAAACAGGUAUGGUUUAUAAACAUUGUUCACAUUUUAAUUACCUGAAGAUAUAUACUGUUCUAGUACAUAAAUGCAUACAUUUUGUGGUUCUGUUUUUCUCAUGCUGCCUCAAUAAACUAUUUUACCUUA